GGGUGUCAACAUCUAGUGUAUGCUAUUUUACCGCCUCGUUAUUGUGAUCUACCCGCCUCUGGAAUCUACCGAUCCUUCUCUCCUACGCUUUCUAUCUCUAGGGCAUGUCUUCAAAUUGUACGUAUGGUUGGGAUUUCAGCACAAGUACCUGGGGAUGUAUUGAACGGCAAGCACACCUUGAUGAAUGGAAGGAAGUGGAUCCUGAUUUGAAGCAGCUGGGUCGGGUUCUGGCAGAUCAGUUUCCGGAUCCACCCAAAGACACUGUUAAAACUAUGGCGGAUGGCUAUGGGGAUGUGGUGGACUUCGUGCGAUGUGAACCGCCGGAGGAUGAACGGGACCCAGACUUUGUGCGGUUGGCACCUCCAGGUACCCGCGGCAGGCGGAGGUUGACUAAGAGAUUUCUGGAAGCAGAUCGCAGAAGGCCUAAGAAGGGGGUGCCUGAUUAUGGGCCCUACGGUAAUUACAUACCAAAGGCACCAACUUUUUCUCCCUUCCAACCAACAUUCUCACCAGCAUAACAUUCCAGGCUCCGGGAUUCUGCAUGGUUCCCCUACUUUUCAUGCUUUCCUACAUUAAGCUAGAUCAAAUAAAUUAAUGUGAUUAUUAGACCUGUAUCCCAUCCGUGGCUGUCUUUCAACCUUCCUCAAAACAAAUAUGGGUCGGCUUAUCCCUUUCAAGCUAUUUUCCAUCACUAUCUACUUAUGCAAUACUCCCUCCGAUCCCUCCCAAAAAGAGUCCGAAUUUUAAAGAAUGGAGUGAAUGGUCCUUAAUUAACUUGACCAUGGGCAUCUCUCUGCACUUCAUGGUUACAACUUACAACCAUAGAUUUCUCUCCAUACUCCAUCCUUGCAACAAUCGGCUACUCCCUUAUUGCACAACCCCAUCGUGCUGCUCUUCUACCGUAGUAGCUCUCCAUAGCUGCAAGCACGUGGUCGCACAUCAGCCACGGUGUGAACCAGGUGUUAUUAUUCUCUUGAUUAAGAUGCAAGCUUCGAUGAAGCACGACUAUGACCAUGUUUAUUCCUUCCACAUCGUCGCAACCGCUAUCUUUUGAAUCUACGAGGAGCUCUAGUGCGAGCAGGGACGGAUCCAGAAUUUCGAGUUAAGGGGUGAAACUUUUUUAGGUGAAUUUUUUUCGCGAGUGUAGUGAGGCGAAUUUUUUUUCUGCUUGUGUAGCGGGGCGAUUAUUUUCAAUAGUGUAGGGAUUUGCACCUACUUUUUAUUCAAAAAAAUUCAUAAGUACAUACAUGAUGACAUUUCAAUAUAUUACAUUCUAAGUUUAGACAAUGAAAAAAUAACUUUGAUUCUA